AUGGCAGAUCUUGUGUCAGUAUACCGCGAGCAAGGCAAGCUUAAAGAAGCCGAGAAUAUAUGGGUCGAAGUGUUUGAAAGCAAAGCAGAACAACUACUAUCUAGCAUUGACCUCUAUCUCAAGAGAAAGGUCUGGGCUGUGCUAGUCUCAUUGUUUUCGGUCCUUGCGACUCGCCUUCGCCCAAGUACCGAUCCAGUCGCUUACUGCGAUGUGUCCCCAGGACUCCGUCAACCCCUCUCACUACUACUAUCUUCACGCGGCCACAAGGGGUCUCAAAUCCCACCACUGUCACACGGAACUCGUUUGUUCAUCUUGAUACACUCAACAUGGAGGCAUCUGCAAACGAAGUUCAUCUUCUUAGGUCUUUUGGCCUUCUGGCAUUCCUACCGCUUGCCUCUCCUCCUCGCUCUCGCUACCCUUGUCGUUCUCGUUCGCGCUUAUCGUAAGCUGCAGCCCAAGUCCAAGAUUGCUACUGCUUCCUCCAUCCCGUCGUCGCCUCGCAGCCACUCCCCGGAAAAACGUGAUAAGACCAUCAGCCAGUCUACGGAGAAGGAUGUAAAAGCCGACUCAAAGCCCUCGGUCGUGGAGAAGGACGCGUCGCAUAAGCAGGCCGGCGGUCCGAAGCGGGUCACAGGAAAGAAGCCACUAAAGGAACCCCCUGUCUCCUUCAUUCAACCUAUUAUCUUCUUCGCUUCGUUGACCGCAAACACCGAGAGAUAUGCCCAAGUUUUGCUGGAAGAUUUGCGUGCUGCUGCGCGCGAUCGGGCCGAUCCUGAAAAUCGGGAACGAGGCCUCCUUCCCCCCCAGAUUCACGACCUGUCCUAUGUCGAUUUCGACGACUACUUCAUCAGCGCCCCGAAGCCCCCUUCGACUUCGCCAGGAACACGCUAUGUCUAUUGCAUGCUGAUUCCGACUUACAACAUCGAUACCAUCUUGAACACCUUCCUCGGUCACCUCGAUGAAACUCAUCAUGACUUCCGCAUUGACACUGCACCUCUGUCUGGUCUCGCUGGCUAUUCUGUCUUCGGGUUUGGCGACAGGGAAGGAUGGCCUACCGAAGAAGAAGGUUUCUGCUCACAGGCCAAGGAACUAGAUCGCUGGAUGGCGAAACUCACAGGCAGGAAGAGGGCCUACCCUCUUGGUUUUGGAGAUGUCAAGAGCGAUGCGGACUCGGCCUUGAACGAGUGGUCCCGCGGCCUACAGGAUAUUCUCGGUGAUAUUGUCGAAAAUGGCGGCCUAGGUGAAGGUGUCCCUGGUAGUGGUGAUCCGCUCGAAAGUGAUGAGGAGGACUUGGACGACGAAGGUUCGGACUCUGACAAGGCAAACGGUCGGAAGAAGAACAAGAAUCAAUCGGUGGUCGACCUGGAAGAUAUCAAGUUCAGCUCGGACGCUGCAUCCGGAUCCCCUAUCCCAGUGGAUUUCACUACGGGUGGAAAGACGCCUGCGCCCGCCACUGAGAAAGAGAUGGUGCCCAAGACCUCGCCCACCUAUGCCUCUCUGACUAAGCAAGGAUAUACCAUUGUUGGUUCGCACUCUGGUGUCAAGAUCUGUCGUUGGACCAAGUCCGCCCUGCGCGGUCGUGGCUCCUGUUAUAAGUUCUCAUUCUACGGUAUUCGCUCUCACCUGUGCAUGGAGGCAACUCCUUCGCUUUCUUGCAGCAACAAAUGUAUCUUCUGCUGGCGUCAUGGUACCAAUCCUGUCGGCACCACUUGGCGUUGGAAGGUGGAUGAUCCGGAACUCAUUUUCAAUGGAGUCAAGGAAGGUCAUUACAAGAAGAUCAAGAUGAUGCGUGGUGUCCCGGGUGUGCGUGCGGAGCGUUUCGCCGAGGCUAUGCGGAUCCGUCACUGUGCUCUCAGCUUGGUCGGCGAGCCGAUCUUCUAUCCCCAUAUUAAUCGUUUCCUGGACAUGUUGCACAGCGAACACAUCUCCAGUUUCCUUGUCUGUAACGCCCAACACCCCGACCAGCUUGAAACGUUGCAUCGGGUGACGCAACUCUAUGUCUCCAUCGAUGCUAGUAACCGCGAGAGCCUACGUAAGAUCGAUCGGCCUCUGCACCGCGACUUCUGGGAACGUUUCCAGCGCUGCUUGGACAUCCUCCGGGAAAAGCGUCAUUACCAGCGGACGGUGUUCCGUCUUACGCUGGUCAAGGGAUUCAACAUUGACGAUGAAGUGAUUGGAUACGCUAACCUGGUUGAGAAGGCUCUGCCUUGCUUUAUUGAAAUCAAAGGCGUGACUUACUGCGGUACCAGCACCAGCGCCGGAGCUGGACUGACAAUGCAGAACGUUCCUUUCUAUGAAGAAAUCCAGCAGUUUGUCACUUCUCUCAACGCAGAACUAGAGCGCCGUGGUCUGAAGUAUGGUAUCGCCGCCGAGCAUGCUCACAGUUGUUGCGCGCUCAUCGCGUCCGAGCGGUUCCACGUUAAUGGCAAGUGGCAUUCCCGGAUCGACUACGAUAGGUUCUUCCAGCUCUUGGAGAAGGAGAAGGCCGACGGUACCUCGUUCACGCCGGAGGACUAUAUGAGAGAAACCGAGGACUGGGCGCUGUGGGGUAAGGGAGGCUUCGAUCCGAACGAUGAGCGUGUCUACAGGAAGGGCAAGAAGAAGACCAUUCAGGCUGCUGCUGAAGCUCAGGGAUGA